UACUUUUCUUGAUCCAGACACCCGGCGGGCCAUGGGGGAGCAGGCAGUGCAGCUGGCCAAAGCUGUGAAAUACUCCUCUGCUGGCACCGUGGAGUUUCUGGUGGAUUCAAAGAAAAACUUCUACUUCCUGGAGAUGAACACACGACUUCAGGUGGAACAUCCUAUCACCGAAUGCAUUACUGGUCUGGACUUAGUGGAGCAGAUGAUCAGGGUGGCCAAGGGUCACCAUCUGCAGCACACGCAGGAAGACGUCCCAAUAAACGGCUGGGCCAUCGAGAGCCGUGUCUACGCAGAGGAUCCUUACAAAUCCUUCGGUCUUCCCUCCAUUGGACGGUUGUCUCAGUACCACGAGCCACUCGACCUCAGCAAUGUCCGUGUGGACAGCGGCAUCGAGGAAGGAAGUGACAUCAGUAUUUACUACGAUCCCAUGAUCUCUAAGUUGGUCACCUAUGGAGCUACGCGAGCCGAAGCUCUUGCCAGGAUGGAGGAUGCUCUGGAUAACUAUGUGAUCAGAGGUGUAACCCACAAUAUUCCACUUCUGCGGGAAAUCAUCACCCAUCCUCGGUUUAUCUCUGGGGACAUCAGCACCAACUUCCUGCCUGAGGUUUACCCCGACGGCUUUAAGGGUCACCAACUGGAUGCAGAGGGCCGCAGAGAGCUGCUGGCCUCAGCUGCAGCGCUCUACAUCACUUCUCAGCUCCGGUCACAGAAGGUCCUGGGCAACCAGAGGGUGUCUCCAGCUCCAGUGAAGAGCAGCUGCUGGCAGCUGUGUGUGGAGCUGGGAGAGGGAUGCCAUGAUGUAGACAUUACCAAAGCAGGAAACAUUUAUACCGUGGAGGUAGACGGGGAGAAAGUUGAAGUGAGUGGACAGUGGAACUUGGCGUCCCCUCUGCUGGCGCUGACCAUCAAUGGCACUCAGAAAAUAUUUCAGUGUGUUUCCAGAGAGGCUUCAGGCCUGAUUGUUCUUCAGUACAUGGGCACUUUGUUUAAGGUUCGGGUUUUAUCCAAGCUGGCUUCAGAGUUGAACUCCUACAUGCCAGAGAAAGUUGCAGAAGACACCAGCAGCAUCUUGCGCUCUCCCAUGCCGGGGACAGUUGUAGCUGUGUCCGUAAAGCCUGGUGAUACGGUUGCAGAAGGUCAGGAGAUCUGUGUGAUUGAAGCCAUGAAGAUGCAGAACAGCUUAACGGCUGUCAAACAAGCAAAG